AUGGCUGAGGAGAAGAAGCUGAAGCUGAGCAACACCGUGCUGCCCUCGGAGUCCAUGAAGGUGGUGGCCGAGUCCAUGGGCAUCGCUCAGAUUCAGGAGGAGACCUGCCAGCUGCUGACGGACGAGGUCAGCUACCGCAUCAAGGAGAUCGCGCAGGAUGCCUUGAAGUUCAUGCACAUGGGGAAGCGGCAGAAACUAACCACCAGUGACGUUGACUACGCGCUGAAGCUAAAGAACGUCGAGCCACUGUAUGGCUUCCACGCUCAGGAAUUCAUUCCUUUCCGUUUCGCCUCUGGCGGCGGCCGGGAGCUUUACUUCUACGAGGAGAAGGAGGUUGACCUGAGCGACAUCAUCAAUACCCCUCUGCCCCGGGUGCCCCUGGACGUCUGCCUCAAAGCUCACUGGUUGAGCAUCGAAGGCUGCCAGCCGGCCAUUCCAGAGAACCCACCCCCAGCUCCCAAGGAGCAGCAGAAGGCUGAGGCCACAGAACCCCUGAAGUCAGCCAAGCCAGGCCAGGAGGAAGACGGCCCCUUGAAAGGCAAAGGUCAGGGGGCUGCUCCAGCUGACGGCAAAGGGAAAGAGAAGAAGGCGCCACCCCUGCUGGAGGGGGCGCCUCUGAGACUAAAGCCCCGAAGCAUCCACGAGCUGUCAGUGGAGCAGCAGCUGUACUACAAGGAGAUCACUGAGGCCUGCGUGGGCUCCUGCGAGGCCAAGAGAGCGGAGGCUCUGCAGAGCAUCGCCACAGACCCGGGUCUCUACCAAAUGCUGCCACGCUUCAGCACCUUCAUCUCCGAGGGGGUGCGUGUGAACGUGGUGCAGAACAACCUGGCCCUGCUCAUCUACCUGAUGCGCAUGGUGAAGGCGCUGAUGGACAACCCUACUCUGUACCUAGAGAAAUACGUGCACGAGCUGAUUCCGGCUGUGAUGACCUGCAUCGUCAGCAGGCAGCUGUGCCUGCGGCCAGACGUGGACAAUCACUGGGCGCUCCGGGACUUCGCCGCCCGCCUGGUGGCCCAGAUCUGCAAGCACUUCAGCACAACCACGAACAACAUCCAGUCCCGCAUCACCAAGACCUUCACCAAGAGCUGGGUGGACGAGAAGACCCCGUGGACAACACGCUACGGCUCCAUCGCAGGCCUGGCAGAGCUGGGACAUGAUGUGAUUAAGACACUGAUUCUGCCGCGGCUGCAGCAGGAAGGGGAGCGGAUCCGAGGGGUUCUGGAUGGCCCAGUGCUCAGCAACAUUGACCGCAUCGGGGCUGACCAUGUGCAGAGCCUCCUUCUGAAACACUGUGCCCCUGUCCUAGCAAAGCUGCGCCCGCCACCCGACAAUCAGGACGCCUAUCGGGCAGAAUUUGGGUCCCUUGGGCCCCUCCUCUGCUCCCAUGUGGUCAAGGCCCGGGCUCAGGCUGCACUGCAGGCUCAGCAGGUCAACAGGACCACCCUGACCAUCACUCAGCCCCGGCCCACGCUGACCCUCUCACAGGCCCCCCAGCCUGGCCCUCGGACCCCCGGCUUGCUGAAGGUCCCCGGCUCCAUCGCAUUACCCGUCCAGACGCUGGUGUCUGCGCGAGCUGCCGCCCCACCACAGCCGUCCCCGCCACCAACCAAGUUCAUCGUCAUGUCCUCGUCCUCCAGCGCCUCAUCCACCCAGCAGGUCCUAUCCCUCAGCACCUCGGCCCCGGGCUCCGGCUCCACCACGACCUCUCCCGUCACCACCACCGUCCCCAGCGUGCAGCCCAUCGUCAAGCUGGUCUCCACCGCCACCACCACGCCCCCUAGCACUGCCCCCUCAGGUCCCGGCAGCGUCCAGAAAUACAUCGUGGUCUCUCUGCCACCCACCGGGGAGGGCAAAGGAGGCCCCACCUCCCAUCCUUCUCCUGCCCCUACCCCAUCCUCAGCCCCCUCCCCGCUUGGGGGCAGUGCCCUCUGUGGGGGGAAACCGGAAGCUGGGGAGAGCCCCCCUCCUGCUCCAGGGACUCCAAAGGCUAAUGGCUCGCAGCCCCCCGGGGCUGGCUCCCCUCCGCCCGCACCCUGA